AUAUGGCUUUUAUCUACUCAUUAACUUUGAUCUAUUUGCUAAUAUUGUAUGUAUCAUUUCUACAACACCUUUAACUACACUGCCAUAUUAUAGUUAAUUAUCUGUAAUAUUUUGACUGUUAGUUUGGGUGCAAAGUUGAGAAGUUAUAAAUUUUAUCCACGACCAUUUUUUAUCAUUUGUAUUUGUACGUAAAAAUUCUCAGCUCUCGUCAGAUUUAUUUUGUUGAUCUAUACGUCAAACCAGAAUUUAAUCUUAAAGAAUCUAUCAGUUUCAAAAAUUGUAAAAAAAUUUCUCAAUUUGAUAUUAGAGCGUUGCAUGGGCCAAAAUUUAUGAGGAAAAUGUUAUAAAAGUCACAUUUGUAAAAUAACGACAACUAUUUUUAGCAGCGUAUUUAUAUGCAGGCGCUAUAGGCAACUGCCUACAGCGGCAAAUAUUGAAGGCUGACAAAUUUAUAAAAGAGGAUAAUUAUGAAAAUAGCAGUGAUUGGCGCAGGAGUGGCUGGUAUUGCUUGUGCUAGAAGAUGUUUGGAAAAUGGUUAUGUCUGUACUGUCUAUGAAAGAACCAACUUAGUUGGCGGAACAUGGGUUUAUGACGAAAGAGUAGGAGUUGAUGAAUUCGGCUUGCCAAUACAUACGAGCAUGUAUCAAAACUUAACGACAAACUUACCUAAAGAACUAAUGGAUUUUCCCGAUUUUCCUUACGAAGGUCUGGAUGAUGUUUCGUUCAUUAAAGCUAGAGAUGUACAAAAUUAUAUUGAUAAAUUUGCCGAUCAUUUUGGUUUAAAGAAAUAUAUACGUUUUUGUAACCUAGUGAAAUCAGUUGAAAAAUUUGAUAACUAUAUUUGGAGAAUAACUUCUGAAGACUUAAUUACUAAAAAAUUAAAUAUUGAUAAUUACGAUUCUGUUAUGGUGUGUAAUGGGCACAAUGCUGUACCUAAUAUGCCAGACAUUCCUGGGAAUGAUACCUUUGAUGGAGUAUGCAUACAUAGUCAUGAUUACAAAUUUCCUGAGAAGUUUAAAAAUAUGAAUGUACUUAUAGUUGGAUCUGGCCCUUCUGGAAUUGAUAUUUGUAGAGAUGUGGCGAAAGUAGCAAACCAGGUAUUUUUCAGCCAUCAUAAUGAAAAAUUAUUAAAUAAUACAUUUUCACAUAAUGUUAUUCACAAAUCUGAUAUUCAAUCGAUUAAUACUUCUAAUAUUAACUUCGUAGAUAAUACUUCUUGUACGGUGAAUGCUAUUAUAUAUUGUACAGGGUUUAUAAUUUCUUGUCAAUUUCUAAAUUCCAACUGUGGUGUAAAUGUGGAAAAUGGUAAAUUCAUUUAUCCUCUACAUAAAAAUAUUGUUAAUAUAAAUAACCCAACAAUGGCCUUUAUUGGAUUUGUAAACAAAACAUUCAUAUUCCGUGUAUUUGAUUUACAGAUUCGUUAUUAUUUAAAUUUUUUAAAAAAAUAUACCAAUUUGAAUUAUAAUAUUGGUAUGAUUCCUGUAAAAAGUCAUUUUAUUGGGAAUUGUCUUCAUGAUUACUGUUAUUCUUUGGCUAAUGAAAUUCAAAUCGAACCAAUCCCAAGUAUUUAUUUUGAAAUAUAUAAUUCAUGUCAACAAAUUAGAGAUUUGUACAGCAAAACUUAUCAUUCAGCAGUGUUUAGAAUUAUAGAUAAUACUAAUCAUGUAGUUGAAUGUAACAAAUGUAAUAAUUAAUAAUUUAUACACUAGCAUUUAGAGGGCUAGGGAGGCUUAGCCCGUCAAGAAAUCAAGAAAAUUAUAUUUAUUUUUAUAUAAAAUAUUUUAGAAAAUAUAUUUAGUUAUCUUGAAAUGUUUAGGUUAGUUUUUAUAUGUCUAAUAUAAUAUUUAUAUGAUCAAACAAGACAACAAGUAACAAAAAAAUGUUUUAUAGUUUACAAAUUUUAAAUGAAUUGUAUAAGAAAUAUCGACGCCGAUUCCGAAUCUGGCUUUACAUUUUUUUUAUCACAUUUAGUUUUUGAGAUAAUUACUAAUUAGUUAUUAAAUGAUAAUUACACAAUGAAAUCAUUAAUAAAAUGUAUAAAUAUAUAUAAUAUUUUUUAAAAUGUUUUAUGUUCAAGAGUGCUAAAUUUAACGUUUGAUUGUAAGCUGUUGGUUUAGUUGUUUCGAUUCGUUUUAUAUAUGAUGGAGAUUCACCUGCAAUGUUUUAGGUUCUGCUUAUUGCAUUAAUUUUGAAUGCACCAAUUGUUGAUUUCAUUCCCGAGCAGUUUAUGCUGUCUAUUAGAUAUAGAAGUAAAUUAGACGCUGUUCUAAAAAGCAUUGACUUAUGUUAUAGCUUUGAUUGUAUAAUUGCUUUAUGUAUUUUUAUAAGAAAUUCAGACUACUCUGACUACCUCAGCUAGUGUGUAUUAACAUUUUAAUGAUACUAAGUGACUUGUUUGUUUCAGAUGUGUGUAGCCCAAAUUUCCUUUUUUUUUUUUUAGUUUCUUUUCAUAUAUUUUUACUAUUUUCAAAUUACAGUUAUUUCUUCUUUAAUUUGAUUUAAGUUGCUUUAAAUGUUUAAGGAUGUAUCCACGUUUUCAGUAAUGAGCUGACGUUUCGGACUCAUGAAGAGUUCAUCUUCAAAGCGACUGUUACAGGUUAGUAGUUAUAACCUACAGUCCAUACUAAAACGUUACCGUGAUGACACAACAUUAUACCAAACUAGUUAGUUAUCAGUUUUUUUUGUAGAUACUUUAAGUAAAUUUACCCUUGUUGUCUUCUUACUAUUUUUUAUAAGAAAUUUUGUUCUAGCGUUUAAUUUUCUUUAAGAUAAUGAAAUCUGUUACAUUUUUAUUUUUAUUUUUUUAAUUUGUUUAAAGCUUGGUUUUUUUUUUAAUAGAUUUUUUAAUAUUCUCAUUCCACCAAAAUACAUUAGAUCUAGAGUUAUUUGAGAUAGAUUGUUAGUGUGUUGUUAAUAUUAUAUACUCUCUAUUUCCAAAUCAAGUAGUUUAGUAAAAGCCCGAAUAAGUUUUUUUAAAUUCCAUCUCUUGGUUUGGUUGCUAUUCUCAUUGAUAUUUUGAGGGAUCAUUUGAACAAUUAUAAGUAAUCACUAAUAGUUAGAUUGUACGGACCAUUUUAGUCUCAAUGCUAGGGUCCAUGUUGCGAAGGUUUCAUAUUUUUAUUAUCAUGUCUAGUUUUUGAGACAAUUACUAAUUGAAACCCGAUUUGGAAUUAGCAUCGAAAUUCUUAAUGGAAUUCACAUACAAAUUGUAAACAACAAAAUAACUGUUGUCCUGUGUUAUUUAUUUAUGUAACUAUUAACUUAUUUUUGACUUUAUAUAAAAUUUAUUUUUGUAAAUAAAGUUUUUUGUUAUAUUACACCUA